AUGCCGACUUUUGAUGGUCUAUACGAACACUGGCCAACGUUCAAGGCCAUGUUCUUAGACAUUAUGAAGCGGACUAAUGACUCGGAUGCAGUAAAACUUCACCAUCUCAACAAAGCGCUGCAAGGGAAAGCAGCUGGCAUCCUGAACACGUCCAUUCUGAAUGGCAACAACUUCCAGGCGGCAUGGGACGUCUUGGAGAGGCGUUUUGAGAAUCCUCGGCUGCUUGUCGACAAGCACAUCGCAGGAUUGCUUCAGCUGAAGCAUGCACCCCGAGAAUCUGCAAAAGACCUGCGGAAGCUAGCGGAAACGUGCAAGAGUCAUGUGGAUGGCUUAGUAUUUAUGAAGCAGACUAUCGACAGUACCAGCAACCUCAUCAUCACACAUCUUCUCAGCUCAUGUAUAGACGCUGACACAAGGAAGGCAUGGGAGAGUUCUUUGGAUCAUGGAGAGUUUCCGGAUCUCUUCAAAACUCUCGAUUUCAUCAAUCGGCAAUGUGAGGUGCUCGAAAGCUGCACGCCAGAGACGUCACGGAAAUCAGUAAGCACCAAAGCCUUCACCUCCACCACAGCUGCCAAUCCAUCGUGUGUACUGUGCCAGCAGCAUCAUACUCUUCAGAACUGUCCAACCUUCAUCGCGAUGUCCGUAUUGCAGAGGAAGAGCAAAGUAAAAUCAUUGAAACGCUGUUUCAAUUGCCUCAGCGCUGGACACCCGGUUUCGCAGUGCCGAUCGAAAUGGACGUGCCGUAUCUGCAAGAAACGUCAUCAUCAUCUACUUCAUGGGGAGCAGCUUCCAGCAGCACCAUCUCUUCAGCCUCCAGACGCCGCUGCAACAUCUCAUCAACUUCCAGUCGAUGCAGCUCAACCAACAUUCAUCGGGGCAUCGAUGACUUCAUUGACGCCAGCAGUGCCAUCCACAGUGCUAUUGUCAACAGUAGUGCUCAACAUCACCGAUCGUGCCGGAGUUAGCCAUCCAGCAAGAGCUCUCUUGGAUAGCGGAGCUCAAUCCAACUUCAUCACCGGCAGGAUGGCACAGUUCCUGGAAUUGCCACGGAAGCUGAUCAAUCUUCCGCUAUCAGGCAUUGGUGGUAGUACAAGAUCGAAUGUGCGACAUUCCAUCGAAACCACCAUCCAUUCUCGAUGCUCAAGCCAUGCUGCGUCAUUGGAGUUGCUUGUGUUACCGAAGCUGUCAGCAGACUUACCAACUCAACGGAUCGACAUCAGCCACUGGAAGAUACCGGAAACCUGCAUCUUGGCUGAUCCAUCCUUAAAUCGGCCAGGAACCAUUGACAUCAUCUUGGGAGCAACACACUUCUACGAGAUCCUGAGGAUCGGACGACUCUCCCUGGGUGACAGCAUGCCAACCCUUCAGGAAACUGAAUUUGGUUGGGUAGUCAGUGGUACCAUCACCGAACCCAUGUCACUGGUUAUGUGUGCGGUGGCAACACACACGAACGAGUUGGGCAACCUAAUGGAGCAGUGUUUCACCACCGAAGGCCUGAGCAACACACCCAGCUGGAGCAGCGAGGAACGAGCCUGUGAGGACCAUGACACGGCAACCACCACACGAGAAGAGGAUGGCAGGUACAUGGUCCAACUUCCACGCAAGCCAGAGAUGAUUGGCAAGCUUGGCAAUUCAACGACUAUCGCACUUCGACGGUUCCUAGCACUAGAACGUCGACUUCAACGGGAACCCGACACCCAACGUGCCUAUGUGGACUUCAUGGAUGAGUACCUUCGCUUAGGUCAUAUUAGCAAGGUGGCAGCUUCUUCAACGAACGAUGAAUCGUUUUAUCUACCACAUCAUCCGGUCUUCAAGACCGACAGCACCACGACGAAGUGUCGAGUGGUGUUUGACGCAUCGAGUAAAUCCUCAACGGGUGUGUCGUUGAACGACACACUAAUGGUCGGGCCGACCAUUCAACAAGAUGCCACUUCUAUUUUGCUACGGUUUCGGACUCAACCAAUCGCGCUUACCGCUGACGUCACAAAAAUGUACCGGCAGGUUUGGAUUCAUCCAAAGGACCGGUCACUGCAACGCAUCAUUUGGCGGAGUUCACCCAACGAUCCCAUUCAGGAGUACGAGCUCAACACGGUAACAUAUGGGACAGCAUCCGCUCCAUUCCUGGCAGUCCGCUCGUUGCAACAAAUCGUAGCGGACCAUGGAGGAGAGUUUCCAGCCGCCGCAGAACGUUCCUGUAACUUCUAUGUAGAUGACUUCGUUUCCGGCGGGCAAUCAUCUGAAGCGGCGCAGAUGCUGCAGCUGCAAACUGAGCAACUUUACGCAAGUGCAGGAUUCGAGCUGCGGAAAUGGGCGUCCAGCGACCCAUCAGUACUCCAGAACGUGAACCAGGAGAAGCGCUUCAAGCGUCGACAGUACGUGGGUAUUGGACUUACAACCCAAGAUCUACGGGAGGCUGAGGAAGUAUUGCGUCGGCUGGCACAACAGGACCUACUUGAGCAGGAAAUAAAGGCUCUUCAACAUAACAAGCCGAUACCUUCAUCAUCGAAGCUGAAAUGGCUGCAUCUGCAGCUAGGAGCAAACGGCAUCAUUCGCAUUGGAGGACGUCUGUCCAAUGCACCUCUACUAGAAGACACCAAUCAUCCAACCUUGGUUCCCAGCAACCAUCCACUGGCUGAAAUGACGGAUGACCCAUCAGACGCGGCAGCCCUUACCCCAGGCCAUUUUUUGGUUGGGUCACAUCUGCAGCAGGUUCCAGACGCCGAGACGACGAUCGUUCCUGAAAACAGACUCACUCACUGGCGCCUAAUACAACAGCUAAAACGCCACUUUUGGAGAAGAUGGCACCAGGAAUACCUUCAACAGCUUCAGCCGCGUUCGAAAUGGGUAAGCGAAGGACAAGUGAUUAAACCAGGUAUCCAGGGUCCAUUGGUGAUCUAG